AAGAAUAAGCUAAAACAACACUGCUAUAAUGUGAAUACCAAGACGAACUAAAAUGAGCGACCUAAAUCGUCACUAUAACAUAGAUCCCUAGGAUACAAAACAAAUCUGCAGAAGUUGGUAACGACAUAAUAUCCUGUAUUCUUCGAAAUUCAAAACUGAGCGACGGUUGUAGAGGCAUUUCAGGCUCAUUCUUUAGGACUUUUCAGCGAAAGGACAUCCGUUUUCCAAAACUCAGGUAAAAAUGGCUUCUUUUCACAAUGUAAGAGAGCUUCGGGGUAACUAGGGGGGAAGAAGAAAAGGGUGUUAUAUCAAUGGAACCCAUUGCCAUGAUAGUGCCACCGGUGUUGCAGCAUUUGCCCGGAACCAUCACACCAGAGAGUAGCGCUAGUUUAAGCGCAGGUGGUGACUCCGGCAACCACCAUUCUUCAACCUCUAGAGAUUCGUCCACGAAGGAGACACCUAGUGAAGUGGGGGAUGCUGAAGAGGGUGGUUUAAGUCCGCCGGCGGCAAAUACGGAGACGAACACGGUUGUUGGAGAUACUUGCGAAGGCGAUAGUUUUCAGGCUGCUCUUCUUGUGUCGCAGAGGAUGAAAAACGAGCUCGCUGCUCAUAUAUCAGAGUGGCGUACGCCAAAUAUGUACAUGAACUACCCUAAGCUGGCUCUUGGUGAUGUCGACCUGAAGAAUCGACUGCUAGAUUAUGUUAAGGCUGAGGGUUUAGUAGAUUUAGAAGCCCUAGUUACCCAGAGCAGCUCGCAUUAUUUGGGAGAAAUGAGUAGCAUAUUGGAGAGACAACGUCAACGAGUACAAAGCUCAAGGAACCGUGGUGCUAGGCGUGCUCGAGAUGACUGUAACGCCAAGGAUGACGUGCCACUCAUCCGGCGGAGAACGAGCACUAAGGGUCAAGCCGUUCAGCCUGUUGCUGCUUGCACUUUGAACGUGCCACCGGCGCUGGCACGUGACGUGACUGAGCUCGUGGCCGCAUCCACCUCUGGUAUGCAAAAUUUCGUUCCCCCUGUAGAUCGGCAACAUACAAAGGGGCACGUUCUGCAGUAUGGUGGUCACGCCGCUAUGUUAAAGCUAAUGGACAGCUCGGAGAUGGUGAACAGAGCUGGGUCUGCAGAGAACCAAGCUAAUGAGUUGGCCCGCAAGGACGUCGUGGCAGUUGCCUCAACAAACACUACCACGGACAUCUACAACGAGAUUCGUGGGAAGGUGCUACGACACCGGGCUGACUUUCCAAUUUGCGAGCUGGCCUUCUUCGAGGGGGAGGAGAUGGACGAACAAGGAAAAAGCCUCGCCCCUCUAGCUGAUGCCACUAUGAGGCUGAAAUGGGAAUUGAAUGAAGAGGGAGUGCCAGUGUGGCCUUCGUCAAUUGUAAAAGAGGGGAAGGAUACUGAGGGAUUACCCAUGUGUGAGUGAGCGUUAGUGAGCCCAGCCUUGCAUAAAACCAAGUCAUCGAC